GAAAGCCUCAAGGAUUAUUUAUAUAAACAGUCUGUUUCUACAAAAAUAUUAAGUUCAAAUUAUAAUUUUCUGGUAUUUGGAAAAUGCUUCUCCUUCAGAAGUCUGCAAAGGUGAAACAUAUUCUCCGGAAAUGGUCACCAUUUAAAGCUCCCUCGCGAUUUGGAAGUUACAAAAUAAGCCAUCAUAAAUAUGAUUGUUUGGUAAUUGGCGCCGGUGGUGCUGGUCUUCGAGCAGCCAUUGGCUUGGCUCAGCAGAAUUUCUCAGUGGCUGUAGUUAGUAAGCUUUUCCCUACCAGAUCGCACACCAUCGCUGCUCAAGGAGGAAUGAAUGCCGCAAUAGGAAGUAUGCACGAGGAUGAUUGGCGUUGGCAUUACUAUGAUACUGUCAAAGGAUCUGAUUGGCUGGGUGAUCAGGACUCCAUCCAGGUUUUAACACGUGAUGCGCCUAGCUGUGUAUAUGAAUUAGAAAAUAUGGGAAUGCCAUUCUCAAGAAAUGCAGAGGGAAAAAUUUAUCAACGUUCCUUUGGUGGUGGGACGAAAAUGCGAGGAAAAGAAAUUGCUAAAAGGACAUGCUGCGUUGCAGAUCGCACCGGACACUCCCUCCUUCACACGUUGUAUGGUUACUCAACGAAGUUCGAUCAUGUUAAGCAUUUCACGGAGUUCUUCGUGCUCGAUCUGUUAAUGCAAGACAAUGCCAUCGUUGGAGCUCUUGCAUUUGACAUGGACGAUACCAGUCUACACCGUUUCCAGGCUAAGAAUACAGUGAUCUGUACAGGAGGUUAUCCAAGAAUGUUCUUCUCCUGCACUGCAGCACACACCUGUACAGGCGACGGUUGUUCUAUGGUCUCAAGAUUAGGUCUGCCAUUACAAGACAUGGAAUUUAUUCAGUUCCAUCCAACUGGAAUGUAUGGUUCCGGAUGCUUGAUGACCGAAGGUUGUCGUGGAGAAGGUGGUUACCUCGUGAAUAGCGAAGGUGUAAGAUUCAUGGAAAAAUAUGCUCCCAAAGCGAAGGACUUGGCGAGUAGAGAUGUUGUAUCGCGGUCAAUGGCUACGGAGAUUCGGCAAGGUAGAGGUGUAGGUCCAAAGAAGGACCAUAUCUUUCUUCAGCUCCAUCAUCUUCCGGCUCAAACAAUUAAGGAAAAGUUGCCGGGAAUAUCCGAAACAGCUUACACCUUCACCGGUACCGAUGUAUACACUCAGCCGGUUCCCGUCAUCCCAACCGUACAUUAUACCAUGGGUGGAAUUGCUAUUAAUUAUAAAGGAGAGGCAAUAAUAUAUAAGAAUGGAAAAGAUGAAAUUAUACCGGGUCUUCAUGCAGCUGGAGAAGCUGUUAGCAACUGUCACGGAGCCAACAGAUUGGGAGCCAACUCAAUCCUUGAUACUGUAGUGUUUGGAAGAGCCAUUGGUGUCAAUAUUGGAAAAUUAUUUAAGCCUGGAGAAAGUCAACCGUCACUGAAAGAUAAUCUUGUGGACGCAUCUAUCGAUAAUUUUGAGAUGGUUCGGAACGCUAAAGGCACUAUCCAGCCAGAUGUUUUGCGUCUAAACAUGAGAACCACCAUGCAAAAUAAAUGUGGUGUGUUCAGGGAAGCGAAACUACUAAACGAAGCUCAAUCAGAGAUAGAUCAGUGGUACAAAGCCUUUUCUGAUAUCAAGGUGACAGACCAAAGACUGAACUUUAACACUGAUCUCAUUGAGGCACUGGAGCUACAGAAUAUGCUUCAAGCAGCAGUUCAAGUUGUCAGCUGCGCUCGGAAUAGGACAGAAAGCAGAGGUGCUCACUUCAGAGAUGAUUUCCCCAAGCGUGAGGAUGAAAUGGAUUACAGCAAACCGACUGAGGGUCAGACUCCAAAGCCGAUUGAGCAGCACUGGCGGAAACACAGUCUGUCCCAUGUUGAUCUGCAAAGCGGAAAAGUCGCAAUUUCAUAUCGCCCCGUGGUCGAUCAACCGUUGGACAGCGAGGUGGAGUUUAUACCACCUGUACCGAGAGUGUAUUGAAUAAUGUUUUGAGUAAAUUAUUGACCGUUAAAUGUUUCUUUACAAAGUUCUUGAUUAUAAAUAAGAUUAUUGUUUAAAA